ACCCCUUCCAAGCCCGGCUUUUCUCCUGUUCCUCAUUUCGGUCGUACAACUAGUGAACUUGACUGUUCUUCUUUCCAAUUACAGCCCCCCUCCCCAACAAGCUAUAGCUUCCAUUGUACAAAAGUGACAGUAAUUGUAAUUUUUUGCUACUAGGCUGGGAGGGGGCUGCAAGUUUUACUGCUGCAUUUUUGUUUCACGCUCGUGCAAUUUUCAUGCAAUAUUUUCCCAUUCCCGUUUCACAUCUCUACCCUCGAGGAGAUCGAUAGAUAUUCUGUAGUUUAUUGCCGAGUAAUUCCCUUUGAUUGUCGUAAACGAAAACACGGAUGAAGGAGAACCUGUCCAAUAAACGCAAACAGCGAUCUGCAAAUGUUCAUACAUAUUGCUUUUUAUUUGCCACAGAAAUAAUCAAAUUAUUUAUUUCCCUUCUUUUAAGUCUUAAGUUGGGCGAUUCGCUGAUACUUUUGCGCAAAACCCUGGGUGGCUUCAAACAGAAAAUACGGUCGAAAGCUCUAUUUGAAUGCGCAAGAAAAGCAAACAAGAAUUACAAUUGAAAUUUAUUCAAUAUCUGGGAAAAGCCUCCGAAAUUAAACUUCCAAUGCCGAUUGAGAAAUUGGAGACAGAAAAAAGCUUUAGAAAAUCAGGAAGUUAUAUUAACUUGAGCAAAUACUGGUACGGCUCUAUAGCUUCCAUUUCGCCGCUUUCACCAUCAUUUGACUCAAAGAUUGUCGCGUGGCUUAAUCUUGCCUGCUAUUAAUAUAACUUUGAUCUAAUUCAAGUUUACUGGCAUCUUUUUCUAUUUACUUUGAAGAAUCAGUCAAAAAAUUUUACAUUUAACGAGCAAAACUUCAUCAUAUUGGUUACAGAAAGAAGACAACCACUUUCCUCAAAACCCAAAACAACCUUCAUUUUACAUCAUUGAUCAAAGCUACUCUUUCUUCGCCACAAGCGACUUGCAAGAUGUAUUCCACUCCGACAAUUCUUAUUACUGUCACAGUAAUAGUUCUUUUAAUGGCUACUGAGUUACUUGGGAAGGAGUCGCCUUCAACCACACAAUUGACCACAGGUUCAAGUUCAAAGGUCAACAAGGAUAAGUUCAAUGAGGCGGCUCUGCUGGAGCACCUGCUGCACAGUUACGACAGCCGAGCACGCCCCGUAAAAAACAUCAGCACUACUAUAUUUUUGGACCUCUCUAUGUAUCUGGUGCAGAUUUUGAAGCUGAGUGAAAAAGAGCAAGUGUUGUUAUCGAAUGUUUGGCUGAUUCUGACCUGGCAGGACGAGUUUUUGCGGUGGAAUGCAAGUGAAUGGGGCAUGGACCGGAUUCGAAUUCCAGCCAGACACUUAUGGCUACCAGACCUAACUCUCUACAACAAUGCACAGGAGGCGGAUCCAAUUCUGGCCAACAUGUUUGCCAGUACCGCAGUGGCCAGUCAUGACGGCUCAGUCACUCUAUGGCCACGACCUCUCAUUCUGCAGAGCAACUGUAGGAUAGAUGUUCUCUAUUUCCCCUUCGAUGUGCAACACUGUUACCUCAAAUUCUCCUCGUGGGCAUACAGUGCCAUUCAGGUGAAUCUGACGAGUACUGAAGGUGCUAUCUACUUGGAUGACUACAUUCCAAGUACAGAGUGGCAGCUGCUGGUGGCGUACACGGAGGUGUCUUACAUCACAUACAUAGAGGGAGACGGCGGAUACUCAUUCGUCAAAUUCAACAUCAAAAUGCGACGAAAGGCACUAUACUACGUGGUGAACCUCAUCAUGCCGUGUCUGAUGCUGACUCUCGUCAUGUUAUUCGGCCAAUAUCUGCCCUGCAACUCAGGCGACUCCAAAGUUCAACUGGGCACUGCCCUCUUUACCUCCAUGUGUGUCUUUCUACUACUAGUUGGGACUAUGAUGCCACCGAGUGACGUGCAGCCACUUCUAGGUUUAUACUAUGGAGUGACUCUACUUCUAAUCACAACAUCGACCGCUUUGAACGUGCUGGUACUGAAUGUGGUCAAUCGAGACACCCCCGUUCCCCACUGGGUCAAAGUCCUUUUCCUUCAGUACAUGGCACGCAUUGUAGCCCCUAGCUACCACAAGAAGUACAAGGUACUCAUAAACAGUCCUACUCACUCAACAGAUGGGGGCUUUACAGGAGGAGGGUUCGAGAAACCAAUGCUCCAAUCUAAUUCAGCCACAUACGAUGGCGAUCUGGACCUCCUUCACAACAACUGCACCACAAACUACAACAAUGAGACCAACAAGACUGAACUGAAAAUAUUCCAUUAUGUCCCCAACGGGUCCUCUCAGUUUUAUGUUACCCAAAAUGGGUGUGGACAUUUGACUCCGGCGAGGUGUCCGUACGAGCAAGCCACCGGGUCCGAAUCAGUCACAGGUGAAAAGUACCCACAACGAAGUCCUACCAGACCGAGUCCCGAGACUCCUUGGCAACAAACGAGCGACAGCUGCAGCUAUCGACUGGCGAAUCAAAACUCUUGCGGUUCCACUCGGUACGGAAUUGCCGACUCUCCUAUUCGAGAACUGGUUACUAACGUCAAACCGACAAAACUCGACGACAACGGACGCUUGCUGGUUGAAAUGAAAUCGCAUCUGGGUGAAAUUCGGGGAAUACUGGCAAAAAUUGCGUCCGUUAUGGGACAGAAAAACGACGAGGAAGGAGUGAGAAAUGACUGGUUGGAUAUUGGGAUAGUUUUGGAUCGGAUUCUCGUUAUUUUGUUCACGAUUUUCACAGUCAUGAUGUCGUUGUUCGUUUAUGGCAUGUACCCUUCACAGCUCGUGAACAGCUUGUCAAACAAUGACGCUCGAUAACCGUGAACUUGGAAAAUGAUCUAUUUAAUACCACACAAUGCAGUUUAUCAUCGCACUGAAGCACUGUACGCGAUGCAUAAUACAAAUAUUAUUUUGAACCUAUUGAGUAAUACCUACUUCAUUUAAAACCCGCCCGGAUAAAACUGGAAGCAUAAAUUCUAGUUUUCAAUCAACAAAACUGAUAAAUCUUCCUAAAAAGUGAAUUAUGAAAAUCAAGAAAACAUAGAAGGGCGAAAACGAAGAUGUUGCAAAUAUUUAGAUUGAGUAUACUACACUUUGAUCUAAUGAUUGAAUUGAAUUAUUAUAAUGACGACUUAGUAGGUUCAUAGACUAAUAAAAUUCCAUGUAAAUUAUAGUUCGCCAAUUUACUAUACGGUGUGCUUUUCUAUCUUUUACAGAAUAUAGUUUCAAACACAC